CGCUUAUGGUAAAAUACAAUAUGUCUACCUCGCGGGAGAAAAGUCUGUUAAUUAAUAACUUUUCGGAUUCGUUCUAUAAAUUCGUUAACUACACGAAAGUUCCUUUCUAAUUUAGCAAUCUGCGAAUUAUCUGAAUAUGUAAAAUGAGCUUUUCCGUGAAAAAAACAGGUGGUAGAAUGUGGCAUGAAGCACGAAAACAGGAAAAGAAAAUUCGUGGAAUGUUAGUGGAUUAUCGUCGUCGAGCUGAACGUCGACGAGAUUACUAUGAAAAAAUUAAAUCGGAUCCUACACAAUUUUUGCAACUCCAUGGGAGGCCGUGUAAAAUUCAUUUGGACCCAGCGAUAGCUACAGCUGGAGAUAGUCCAGCAAAUAUGAUGCCAUGGCAAGGAAACGAAGACAAUCUUAUCGACCGCUUUGAUGUGAGGGCUCACCUUGAUUGGAUACCAGAAGCACCAGAUUCUAUUGAUGUAGAUAUUGCUCUUACUAGCGAAGAUAGACAUAUCAAUUAUGAACGUUAUCGUAUAAUCGUUCAAAAUGAAUUUUUAGGAGUAACGGAAGAAAAAUUUCUACAUCAAAUACAUUUAGAGGAACAAUUCGGUUCUUCGACGAAAUUAGAUUCUAUUAAAGACAAGAAGAAAUCUUGUAAUAAUGUAGCCAUCGGAUACAACUACGAAACGGAAGAACCGAUACCCGAAACAAUGAAAUCAUUAGAUAAUGUUGUAUCUGAUGAAAAAGCAGACGAUGAAGAUAGUGAUAUUGAUUUAGACAUCUGUGUAGAUGUAUCUCAAAUAGAACCAUCGCAAGCACACGAAAUGAAUUUAGUAGCACAGAAAUAUGGACUCCUAGGAGCUGAUUAUUUUAGUUUUUUAACACAAGAUUUUGAAGAAGCUGAAACGUUAAGACAAGCGCGUAAACAAGAAGAAGAAAAAGCGAUGUACUCGGGUAGAAGAUCACGUAGAGAGAGACGUGCAUUUAGAGAAAAGAAAAUGAUCGGUCGAGUCAUGAGUCCACCUAGCUACGCAGCCCGAGAAAGUCCAGAAUAUAAUCCAUAUAGAAAAUCUUCUUCCAAGUCUCGAUCCAGAUCAGCAUCCCCUGUAAAUACUGGACAAAUCACCUAUAUCACAAGUUUCGGUGGCGAAGAAGAAACUCAUGGAAGUUCAUCCCAUGUUACCUCUUCCAAUUCGAAGAAAAUCAAUUACUCUCAUCUUAGGCGUCGGAGAUCAGACAGUCCAGCGCUUAACGAGAGAAUAGUUAAUAGAAAACUAUCAAAAUCAAGAUCCAGAAGUUGUUCUAGAUCCGUUAAUAAAUCUAAAUCGUAUAGGAACCGUGACAGAAAACGAAGUACAUCAAGAAUAAGAUCAAGAAGAACACAUUCGAAACACAGAAAAAUCACAAGAUCAAGAAGUCGUUCAAGAAGAUCGCGAACCAGAAGCGAAUCUAGAAGCCGUUAUAGAAGUUUCAGUAGAUCCCGUUCGCGUACUGUUUCAAGAUCAAAGACAAGAUCUAGAUCUCGCUCGCGUCCAAAAAGAUCCAGAAGUUCUUCUUCGAGUAGCGGGUCUAGAUCGAAAUCAAAGUCAAGAUCAAGAUCAAGAUUGCGAUCAAAAUCAAGGUCUAGGUCACAUAAUAGAAGUCACUCGAGAGAUAGUUAUCGCAGAAGACAUUAUUCUCUCUCAAAAUCAGCAUCUAAAUCGCGAUCCAGAACUAAAUCUCAAUCUAGAUCUAGAUCAAGAUCCAGAAGUCAAUCUAGAUGCAAACGUUCUAGAAGCCCCGAAACUAAGAUCCCGGCACUGCCAAGAUAUUAUGGUCGUCGUGGAAAAUCGUCGAGUUCGGAAUUAGAAUUAUCAGAUAACGAAGAGAAAGUCUCUACAACAACACCAAAACCAACGGCUAUUAACACUACAAGCAUGAACAAGCCAAAAGCAGGGUUAAGUACAAAUUCUGGUGGCGGACACAAAUCACUGAAAAUCACACCCCAGGAGCGGCUUAAAAAGAAGAUGCAAGCUUUAUUAAACAGACAGUACAAAGCUGACAAAAAAGCAGAACAGCUUCGGAUUGAGAAGAUGGAACAACAGAGGCAGGAUCGAGAAGAUGAAAUCCGAGAAAUGUCUCUAAAAUUACGUAAAAAACAAAGAGAACGAAGGCAUCGUUACGAAGGUCAUAGUUCUGAUUCACAUUCCUCUGUAUCACGCACACCAAGUCCUGGUCGCAGUCCGCGAAUUGUGCGUCGAGAAAGGAAAGACAGAGAUAUAAGGGACUUUGAAAAUGAUCGCGAACGAGAGAGGGACAGAGAAAGGGACAGACGUGAUGAUAGAGAAAAGUUUAGAACCGAAUCUCGUAGAAGAUACAGAGAAUCACCGGUUCGUUCUUUAAGUCCGAGAAAUAGCCGAGGCCUAGUCGAUUAUUGACGAGAAAGCAUACAGUUAAUCUUCCGCUGGAUGGAUUUAAAAUUUUAUUAGACACUUCCUGUAUUGCAUUCCUUCCAUAAAAUGCUACGAAUAUU